UUCAAUUUGGAGUCAUCGCUGCUAUGCGUGUCUUCAGAUCACGGGACGAUCCAUAUAUUCGCCGUCGAGGACUGCAAAAAGAACAAACAGUCGAGUUUGGCGUCGGCCUCCUUUUUACCCAAAUAUUUCAGCUCAAAGUGGAGUUUCUCUCGUUUCCAAGUGCCGGUCGGCGCUCAUUGUAUUUGUGCCUUCGGCGCGGAACCAAACUCUGUGAUCGCCAUCUGCGCGGACGGCAGUUAUUACAAGUUCUUGUUUAACUCGAAGGGCGAGUGCUCUCGGGAUGUGUUCCUCAAGUUUCUCGAUAUGACGGACGAGGAGACCAAUUGAUUGACACACGAUUGGCGUGUCGUUUGUAUUAAUUGUAUAAAAACGUGAACAACAACUACAACAACAAAAUACCAGUAAUUUUUGUGCC